AUGGACCCACCUAUUGCCUUGUCUGCGUUGGUCGUCAGCGCCGCCAGCAAGACAUUGAAAAUACCACCACCGGCCGCAUCCCAGGAGCCCUCCUCUAGCCGAACGACAGGUCUUCGAGCGCAACGACAACCCACAUCGCACCCACAGACACGCUCAGGCUUUCUCGACAGGGGAGGGAGCACGCAGUGUGCGACGUUCGACAGCCCUCCCGAGCAAAUUGAGCUUACAGAAUACCCGGCCGCCAACCGAAAGUACCACGGCGCCAUACGGGAGCGUCAACUCAAGUACGACACCAAGCGGGCCGAGAAGCGUAAGUGGCUUGAGGAGCAAGACGAAAUGAAGUUCUCCCAUAGCAUCCAGUUCAACGCCGUUCCGGACUGGAGCAACCACUACAUUGCGUAUAGCAACCUCAAGAAGCUCAUAUAUCAGCUCGAGAAGGCCAUCCACCUACCGGCGGGCGACGCCGAGUCCCGACCGCUGAUCCAGAACGAUGACCCGGAAGCCAUCUUCGGCCGCGCUCUCGAUGUCGAACUGGAGAAGAUAACGUCCUUCUACGGCCUCAAAGAACAGGAGCUGUUCGACGAGGUCGCAUUACUUCUCAAAGACAUCGAUGAGUUCGAGGAAGGGCCUGGCGCAGCCGAGGGAGCUCGACCGUCCAGCGAGAGGCAACGCUCGGAGCGGCCCCAGAGCCAAAGCGCACGCAGUCAGCACUCGACCGAGGACGCAAUGGACGAGGAUAGCGAUGACGAAGGGGACGACGAAGAGACUGGCCUCACCUCCAGGAGGCGGAGGGGCAGCGUUGGGAAGCGGAGGUCGCUGGGAGACUCGAUGAUGGCCUCGACAAACAUGACAGCUUCCACGCGAUCACUGCGGCGGUAUAGUAUGAACUACGAUGACUAUGCCGAGCAAGCCGCGCUGUUCUCGUCGGGCAUCAUGCUGAAAAAGCGGAUGAUCAAUCUCUACGUUCAGCUGUGCGAGCUCAAGUCGUACAUCCAGCUCAACCAUACCGGCUUCCGCAAGGUCCUCAAGAAGUUUGACAAGAUCAUCGAUCGCCGGCUCCGGCCGAGGUACAUGAGCACCUUCGUUGACACUGCUCAUCCGUUCCGCCCUGAUACCGCCAAGGGGCUGGAGGAGCGAAUAUCUCUCAUUGUCGAUGCAUACACCUCUAUCGUGACCAAGGGCGACGGCGACGCAGCACUUCGGGAUCUGAGAUCGCACUUAAGGGAGCACGUCGUCUGGGAGCGGAACACAGUCUGGAGAGAAUUGAUCGGUCUGGAGCGGCGAGCCGAGGCUGCUAGGUUAGGACCCGCGCUUCUUGGGCGAGACACCGACCCCAAAACGACGCGGCUUCAGGGUGACGAGGAGAUAGUGCUGCCGACCAAAGUUGUAUCCACACCUCUAGGCCGCGUUGUCUGCCCGACCUGGCUGUUCACGACAACGACGCUCAAUCUCGUCAUCAUCGUCUCUCUCUUUUUCGCGCUCCUCUUCGUUCCAAUCAUGGAGAAGCCCGAACAGCAGAACUGCCUGGCGAUGCUGGUGCUCGUCAGUCUGCUCUGGGCCACCGAGGCGUUGCCUCUAUUUGUGACCUCGCUCAUCAUCCCCUUUCUAUGCGUCGUCUUGCAGGUGUUCCGCGACAAAGACAAGCCGCAUGCGAGGCUGGGCUCGAAAGAAGCUACCGCCGUCGUCUUUUCCGCCAUGUGGACACCGGUCAUCAUGCUUCUCCUUGGCGGCUUCACCCUGGCAGCAGCCCUCUCCAAGUGCAACAUCGACAAGCGCAUCGCUACCUUCGUCCUCAGCAAAGCCGGCACGCGCCCCAAAACCGUCCUCAUCGCCAACAUGGCCGUCGCCGCGGUAGCCAGCAUGCUGAUCAGCAACGUGGCCGCGCCCGUCCUCUGCUUCGGCAUCAUCGAACCCAUGCUCCGCAAUCUCCCGGCCGGCUCGGAUAUGUCCAAGGCCGUCAUCAUCGGCAUCGCCCUCGCCUCCAACAUCGGUGGCAUGCUCUCGCCCAUUGCGUCCCCGCAGAAUGUCGUCGCCAUUGGCAUCAUGCAGCCCGAGCCCACCUGGGGCCAGUGGUUCUUCAUCGUCAUCCCCGUCGGCGUUAUCUCCAUCUUGCUGAUCUGGGUCCUCUUGCUCGUGUCGUUCAAGCCUGGCAAGGGCACCACCAUCGUCCCUGUCCGCCCCGUCCGCGACCCCUUCACGGGGAUUCAGUGGUUCGUCUCAGCCGUGACCAUCGCCAUCAUCGGACUGUGGUGUGCCUCGCACAGCCUAGAAGGCGUCUUCGGCGACAUGGGCGUCAUCGCCAUCAUUCCCAUCGUAUUGUUCUUCGGCGUCGGAAUCCUCACCAAGGAAGACUUCAACAACUUUCCCUGGACCAUCAUCAUGCUGGCCGCAGGUGGUCUCUCCUUAGGCAAGGCGGUCAACUCCUCCGGCCUGCUACACACCGUUACCAAGAUCAUAACGGAGCGUGUCCAAGAGUACAGCCUAUAUGGCAUCCUGGUCGUGUUCUCGAGCUUGAUCCUCGUCAUCGCCACCUUCAUCAGCCACACCGUCGCCGCCCUGAUUAUCCUGCCGCUGGUAUACGACGUCGGAAAGGGUCUGGAGCAGCCUCAUCCUAACCUGUUGGUCAUGGCGGGCGUGCUGAUGUGCAGCGCCGCCAUGGCCCUCCCCACGAGCGGGUUUCCUAACAUGACUGCCAUCAUGAAGGAGGACCCGGCCGGCCAGCGGUACUUGCAGGUCAAGCACUUCAUCAAAGUCGGCGUGCCCAGCAGUUUACUUACCCUUGUGGUGGUGGUUACUGUGGGGUAUGCUGCCAUGAGGGUAACUGGUAUGUAA